CGGAAAUUGUCGGUUGCCUGGAAACGAACUUUUGUAAACACCUGGAUACAGUUUUCUGAUUUCUUCUGACUGUCUUGUCAUUAAUAACGAUGUCGGGCCGUGAUCCUUUCUCCUCUCCACGGCUUGAAAACGAUUUAACUUUGAGUGGCAUCAGGCCGCAGCAGAAGAAAUCCUUCCAGAAGCCAACACACAUGGCUCAGAGAGAUGAACCCUGGAGUCGCCUCCACGACAGAGCUACGAUGGCCAGCACUCGGCGGAGUGUCACACACCACGAGCGUCAAGCUCCAAACGACAGCCUGGACUUUCAGCUGAAGUCUGUCUACGAUCACAACAAGGACUUCUUCCCAACUAAGACCCAGGUCUUCUACCAGAAGGAGACACAGGAUCACAGUGAAGAGAACAACCACAGUUGCGAGGGCACAGCUCAGGAGGAACAGGCAGACAUCAGAGUGUGGGUCGACCACCAGAGGCGCUCCAUUCACAGCAUCAAGUGAAGCAGAGAGAACAGUCACGUGACUACAGGUUACAGCGAACCAUAGCUUUACUCAACAAAAUCCCACAAGUGAAAAUACGAUCAUUAAAUGUAUUAAAAUGGUGCAAAUUAUUUGAAAAAAAAGUGAAUCAUUUUAAGUUCUGCUGCUAUUUAACAUGAACUUCUGGAUUUCACCUUAGAUUUUAGUAUUACAUGAUGUUACACAUGACGUAAAAUUAGAUUCUCCUCAGUGAUACCACUCAUAUAUUACAGUUUAGUUGUAAGGAACUGGACUUCUUCUUCGAGAAUUGAAAAUACAGGUGUUAUUAUUGCAGUGCCUGUAUUUAAUGUUGUUUCCAAACACACUUUUUUUCCAAUUUACUUUUUAAAAAGAGAAUAAGUGUUUUAGAUUAAACAAUGUUGUAACUGACUUAAUGUGUGUAAUGUAAAAAUUAAAAUUCUCUAUUCAAUCUAUAUCUAAUCUUUUCAAGUCAAGAACAUCUCUCAAAAUAUAUAUUUAAAGCCCAUUGACUAAAGGUAACACACACCAACUAGCAGCACUCCAAUAUUUUAUUCCAAUAUACAAACAAGUAUUUACAUAUAAAUGUGCAAACAAACUCAAACAAUCUCGCUGUAUUUUUCUGUUUGCAGAGAAUCUGUUUAUAAACCUUGGUCACACCUUAAUAAAUUUUGACGGUC